AUGGACUGGUCAGAUGGGUCAUCAAGAGGUGGUUACAGAGGUGGAAGAAGCUCAAGGCGCUCCAGAAGCAGUGGUGUUCGGACUUCAUACAGGGGAAGUAGGGGUGGGGGUGGUUAUGAAAGUUCAAGCAGCUUCAGGGGAGGAUACAAAGGUGGAUCAAGGGGAGGGGGAUAUGUAGGAUCAGUGGAUGAUUACAGUUCCAGUAGAAGUCGGGGAGGAAUGAGGCGAGGGAGAGGAUAUGGUGGUGGAGGAAGUUAUGGAGGUGGUGGGGGAUAUGAUUACAAUGGGGGAAUGGGAGGUUACUCAAGUAACAGUGGAUACGAUAACAGCCGAGGGAUGUCGAGAGGCCGAAGUAGGGGAAGAGGGAGUUACGAUAGCGGCCGUAGCAGUUUUUCAAGUCGUGAUGGAUAUAUAGGAGGCGGUGGUCGUGGUGGUUACAAAGGCGGCAGAGGUAGUUAUGAUGGAGGCUAUGAUAUGGGACGUGGUGGUUAUUUAGGAGGCAGAGGAAGUUCAAUGCAGAGCAGGGGAGGGGGAUACAGAGGGGGAAGGGGUGGCAUACAAAAAUACACAAAUGAUUUUUCAAGAGGUAGAGGUUCUGUUAGAGGAGGACGUGGAUACUCUUCUGGUUACCCAUCUUCCAGAGGUUUUAGGGGGGUGACAGCUGUCAGAAGAAUAAGGGGUGGAAUGAGGAGGGGCAGAGGACUCUUAAGAGGUGGACCACGCCUCCCCGAGGAUAUGUGUGAACCCUCUGGGGACAUCAUUGGAUAUAGAAUCACGCCCAAGAAAGUCUCCAUCGUAGCUUUAGCAUCACCAAAAAGAGUAGGUGAGCUGGAUGGUCCUCACUUUUAG